AUGACCGCGGCGGCGGCGGCGGCGGCGGCGGCAGCGGCAGUGGCAGCGGCAGCACCCAGGCAGGACGGGCCCCGUUAUCAAGGAUGGCCACGCUCCCACGUCCUCGGCGCUAGUGGCAUGCGCGCUGAGGCAGAAACACUCCAGGCCGACACCGAGGACGACCGGAGGAGAGGAGCGGCCCCACCAGAGCGGAGCAUCGCCCGGGAUGAAAAUGACACGAAGAAAGAAGGAAGUGAAGCCGGCGGAGCAGGAGCGGGGAGGGGAGGAGAGGAGAGGCAACAGAAACGCAUCGACUUUGACCUGCUUGCCUAG